AUGUUUCAGUCUCCAUGGAGCUUGAAGCCGGUGGUCUUCGUCUGCAGCUGUGGCUUCCUGGGGGCUGUGGCCUGGCUGGGCUGGAGCGAGCGGAGCUUUCUGCGGAGCCAAGCCCUGCUCUUGCAGCUGGAAGACGCGGUUGUGCAAGCCGGCUGCGAGCCGGACAUGGGCAACCAGGGGAAGCUUGUCCACGUGUCCUGCCCCGUGACGGAGACAUACAACUUCCUCCAGGACCCCGAGCUCAACCUCACGCUUCAGUUUGUGGAUGCUCAUGCAGUCAAGGCCGCGUGGAUCUCCGUGACUGCCCGGAUUUUUCAGGUGGUCGAGUCCUUCCACAAAGAUGAGCUGGUUUUCGAAGCUAGCAAAGCAGACGACAAGGGCGUGUACCACUUCCACAGACAGUGGUCUGAGGACGGAGUUACGGAGUCGGACGACCCUGAUAAUACUCUGAUGUAG